AUGGGGCAUCAUUGUAUCAAUACAAUGCUCGUGUCCUUCAUCCUCGCCUACUUCACCCUUACUCUGCAUGGACUUCCGGUGUACGCCUUGGAAGUGGUACCCGCCGGUUGCGUUACAGGAGUGUACUUCCAUGAUCAUGUAAUCAAUGGUGACGGUUCGUUGACUUCCCACAUCAAUAGAGCGGAUUGCAAGGAACGAUGUCAAGUGACAGGCUUCAAGUACGCUUACUUUCGUAAAGCGAGUAAUAAGUGUUUCUGCACUAGCAGUGAUAGGGAUACACCACCAUCAGGGAAACAAGUAGAUGGUAUCGAUCAUGAAGGUAGAUGCAAAGAUACACAUGCUUCCGCAAGUUUUUCUUCCACUCAGUUUCCUUCGAUGAGAGUCUGCCCUCGUUGA